AUGGUGGAAGAGUCGUCUGAAUUCAUUGAUCGCUUAAAAAGCAUGUUGUCCGGGGCAAAAGGCUCCGUCCGAAUAUUGUCCCCUAGCGAGACAACAGAAGUGCUGGAAAGCCAGCUUUCUAAUGUUACAGAUUUCUUGCUCCUGAAGAUUUUUCAUUUCUUGCCGAUUAAGUCGCGCCUAUCUCUGAGAUGCGUUUGUUGGAAAUGGUACCAGCUUCUUUUUGACUUCAGCAUCUGGCAAAAGAUCAACCUUGGAGAUGACCUGGAGUUGCUCUCAUCAGGAAGAUGCUUUGAAUUCUUUACUGAAUGGAUUUUCUACUUUGGGGCAAGAGUUCAAGAGGUGGAUGUUGGCGGAGUUGCGUGGGUGGAUGAUAGGAUGGUAGUUUUAAUUGCCCAAAACUGUCCGAAUCUGAAGCGUUUGGAUCUCAAGGCUUGCUUCAAAGUGACGGACGCAAGUUUAAAGGAAGUCGCCAGAUACUGCACAAACUUGGAGUGCAUAAAUCUUUAUUGUACUGCUACCACCGAGAAUGGAUUCGAGGAGCUAGUACGCAGGUGCAGAAAUAUCUCAGGAGUUUGCAUAGGUAACCAGGGCAACUGCUGUAGCAUGCUUCUGACCAUCUGUGACUUUAAACGCGGGCUCGUCCGCUUGGCCGUGCACGACACUAUCCCUACGGGCACUUGGCACGAAAAUGUCAGAGAUUCUGUGAUACAGCAAGUAUCGUGGGUUUGUUUCGAUUUGCAGUGCAUCCACCUCACUUGGUGUUUCUUUAUAACCGAUGAGUCCCUCAAGUCGAUAGCAAAUCAAUGCAAAUGUCUGAAGACUUUCCGUAUAAGGGAAUGCCAACAAGUGACAGACCAAGGGCUGAAAGAAAUCUUACUAAGCUGCUCCAUGUUGAGAACUUUAGAGAUAGAAAGACUAUACCAAGUAUCCGAUCUCACAAACCAAAGCAUGAAUCGGGCAGAGAAUCUCCCAAACUUGCAAUCGCUUAAAAUAACCGACACCCGAAUGAAUGACGAAACUCUGACGAAGCUCACCGAGCGCUGUCCGAAUCUGAGGAGCCUUGUUUUUGGGGAGUUCUACUAUCAACCAAUGAACUUGACAGGGCAAUGUAUGUCACAUAUCGUAGCACACUGCAAGAAGCUCAAAUGGCUAUCGGUGCUUGUCAGACGCGUACAUGACAGCGACUUGUUUGCCAUUGCAACACAUUCACACGAAUUGAUUGGUCUGGAACUGGGAGACUGCGGUGGGUGCAGCGACAGGGGUGUGUCGUCCCUAUCACGUGGUUGCCCGUACUUGAUGAAGCUGGUUCUCAAAGGCUGCGAUGAUAUCAGAGAGCGGAUGAGAAUAAAAAUAAGAAGACGCUUACAGUACUUGACCACGUUCGAUGUGCAGUGA